CCCCCCCCACCCACAAUGGCGACUGCGUCGAGCCUGCGCCCUGCCGUUCCCGACUUUCGUCCAGUCGGCGAAAAAGGAAAACAACAUUUUUUUGUUUACGGAAUGGCAGAGAUUUUCGAUGACAUCCUUGAUGAUGAUAUGGGAGAGAUGGGCGACAUGGCCGACAUGGGGUUCGAGUUCGAUCUUGACGAGGACGCACUCCUGGCCGACGACGAAGAGAAAUCAACAUCCCAGUCGAGAGCUGUCGAUCACAAAGCAAUUGAAGACGAAGAUUUUAUUGAAAUUGGGAUCGAGGAUGAUAUCUCUGAUGACCUAAAAAACGAUGUCUCGGAGAACAAGAAGGCGCAAGCUGUUACUUCCGAGGAGAGAAAUGAUAGUGACGAAGGAAAUAAGGAGAGGUCCAGAUUCAAGGCUGAAAGGAACAUCGUUUCCGGACCAAGGACAACAAACACGAUUCCUGAAACGCUCGAUGCAGUACCGGUGAAGACCAACUACCAACCGAACAAUCAGAGCCGAGGGAAAGGCCCUAACAGGCAAUUCAGGGGCGGUGCGAGGGGCAGGCACAAGGGUGGGUCGAACGGCCCUCCACCGGGCAUGCAUCCGUCACCAUACCAGCAUCCCGGCCCACCGCCAAUGUCUCACCAGCCGCACCCACAUCCACACCCACAACCGCACCAGCCUCAGUUCUCGUCAGGCAACAUACACGUCAACCCGCAUUUCCGUAACAACUUGAACCUUCCCGGUGCAGCAGCGAUGUGGAACGGCUGGAACCAUCAGGACUUGCUGCCACGUCCGGCGGCGCCUCAUCAGCCCUACCAGGAGCCGAAUUAUGGUAACCAGAGGUGGAACGACAACCCUCCGGGCGACUACCACUACCAACAAGGAUACCAGGAACACGAGUACUACAACGGGGGCCCUAAUGACCAGUACUAUCAGCCAGGUUACAACAAUGGGCCACCAGGACCGCCUCCGCAGAUGCAAGGGGGCUGGAAUCAGCAGUACUAUUCUCAACAGGAGGACUAUAACCAGCCGCCAUACCAACCUAUGGAACAGCAGCCUCCGUACGGAAGGAACGCAGGGCCAAACUUCCCACCUCAACACUUCCACGGACCCCCGCCACAGGUGCCGCCUCACCACAUGAUGCCGCCUCACCCACGUUUUGGCAACCCGAAGAUGAACAAGUUCAGAAACAUGCCUAUGCGAGGCGGUAUCGUAAAACCAAUUUUGCCUCACGGGAUUAAACCAAACACCAAACAGAUCAGAGAGAACUAUCAUCAAAACAAAGUUGCUCUUAAACAGCAAAGGUUCGAUGUGCUCAGGAAGGUGACGAUAAGCAACCUUCAUGAGGUCCAGAUGGUCGACUGCCAGCCGAAGAAAGUGCAGAAGAUCGAACCGGAAGAGGAGGACGAGGAGAUGAAAGCGUAUAGGCUGAAGAUUGAAGAGCAGAAAAAGCUGCGUGAGGCCCUGCUCAAGCAAAAAGAGGAGAAGAGGAAAGUCGCAGCGCAGCAGAAGUCGCAGUUGCUUGAAGCCGGUGUCUCUUCAAGUGAAAUAGAGGGGAAGAAGUCAGACGGCAGUGCCGAAGAGAGUGAGUUCAAAGUGGUUCGGGUGAGAACGCCAGACGGGAAGACCAUUUUGAAAAAGCUUACCCUUGCACAAAUAUCAAAGCUGAAGAAAGUCACACCAUCGCCAGCCAAAUCGGAAAAUGGAGUCGAUAGCACUGCUGUGAAAGCUGAGGUGAAGUCGAGGAUAGUGGCGAUCGACAACCUGUCAGCAUCGACGACCAAAAGGCAGAUCGAAGCGAUGGCAAAGCAAGUCGGCGCAUAUGAGAGCGUAAGUGUAGACGCCGAGUCAAAGAGGGCAGUGAUAAAAUUUGCCAACGAAGAAUCUGCGUUGCUCUUCAAGACAAGGAACCAACGCAAGAUGGUCGACCUUUCAAUGAUCACCGUCCAUCUCAUGGCGCCUGACAAUGAGCCCAAGUGAAUUGCCGACAGUGCGUCGUAUUUUUAAACAGUUUUUAAUCCCUUUCAAUUUAUUCAAGUGUAUAUUUUUUUCCUUUUAUUAUAUAAAUUUUGUACAUACCCU